GGGACGGGUGGGAGGCAGAACGGGUGGCUUCCUGCACUAAUAGCCCCCCCAGGAACGGGCCGGUACCCUCGCGUACGUGUCCAGGCGUGCUGCGUCCGGCUGCUCCAGGAAAUUGGCAGACUGCCGCGGCCAGACGCUGCCGGCCUUGGCUGAGGCCGCGGCUGGACGCCAGGAAGCAGCAGCACCUAGCACCCAGAGAGAGAGCCAGAGAGCACAAGCGGAGGGGAAUGGCAGAGGGAGAGGGAGAAGCAGACUCCCCGCCCUGAGCAGGGAUCCCGAUGCAGCACUCGAUGCCAGGACCCUGGGAUCACAACCUGAGUGGAAAGCUGAAAGACGUUUAACUGACUGAGCUGCCCAGGCGCCCCUGUCUUUCUGAAUCUUAAGUGUUCCUGAACACUGUGUAUGUGGAGGGACCCUUCAGAGUAGAGUACAGACAGACUGAGCAGGUGCAAAAGGGGACAACAUGCCAACUGCCAAGCAGCUAGCUGACAUUGGCUACAAGACCUUCUCUGCCUCCAUGAUGCUUCUCACUGUGUACGGGGGCUACCUCUGCAGUGCCCGAGCCUACCGCUAUUUCCAGCUGCGCAGCGCCCGGCGCCAGGCUGCAGAAGAACAGAAGACCUCAGGAGCCUUGUAGAACCGGGGGUUUUCCUCCUUGAGCAGAGAGGCCUAAGGCAUGCUGUGGAAUGAUCUCAUCUGCAAUCCUUUCCAAGUCAAGAGAACUAGGGCCUUAAUGGUUUUCAAAUCCUGCUGAGAAAAAGUGCCCCUGUUUCCUCUGGCACUGCUGGUUCGGGGAGGCAGUGGAAUCAUGACAGGAAUGGGAGGAUCAAGCACACCUACAGACAUUAAAUAUCUUGUUAGUCUGUG